AUGUUUGCUGCUACUAUUCUUGCCGCCCUGCUGGUAACGGCUACCUCUGCGUUGCCUCGCGAAGCACCAACCAGCAAUGACCUCAUCAGGGUCCAACUCAGCGCUGUUGGAAAUACGAUGGUGAAUGCUGUCGUGACCAACACAGGCAAAGAUCCAAUUUCGCUCAUGAAGCUGAAUACUGUACUGGACAGCUUUCCGUGCGAGAGAGCUACGGUAUAUAAAGAAGGUAAAAUGAUGGAAUUCGAAGGGCUCCUUGCUCAUUAUGACCUACAAGGGUUACCCACCGAUGCCUUCACCACUCUUAAACCUGGAGACUCCACCAAUAACACCUUUGAUCUUGCUGAGACAGCAGAUCUCGCCGCGGGUGGCUCUAUCUCAGUGCUCUCUAAAGGAAUAUUCCUGCUCGCUAGCCCUGGAAGCACAAAAUUUUUAGGAAUGAUUCACUAUCGGUCAAACGAUCUUAACCUGAAGGUUGAUGGUAAAGCUGCUUCUAGAAUCAAGAGUGCCGCAAGAUUAGGGCUGGAAAAGCGGUCCAAAUUCUACCUGGACACCUGCAACGAAACACAGACGUCAGUGCUUUCAAAAUGUCUGGCCAAGGCGACCGAAUAUUCCAACGCCGGUAAUAAGGGGGCAACAAGCGGCUCAGCGGAAACUUUCAAAACGUUUUUCAAGACCACAGCUGCUUCGGAUCGUAAAAACGUUGCAGCCCGAUUUCGAGCCAUCUCCAACGAAACCAGUGCCAUCAACAGCGGAAUUAUUAAUAUCAGAUGUGGCUUCAACGACCGCUGUAAGGGCAAAGUGAAUGCCAUCGCCAACAGAUGGGCGAACCUGAUCACAAUUUGCGAUCGCUACUUCGUCGCUUACCCUGUUGCCGAUACGGCUUGCCACGCUACCGAUCAGUCGACUAUUAUGCUCCACGAAAUGACCCACAUGAAAAACAUAUACGACCCAGAGACCAAUGACUAUGGCUAUGGAUACAAUGGUAUCCUCGGCCUUACGCGUGAAGAAGCGCUGCUCAAUGCCGACACUUAUGCCAUUUACGGUGGUGGUACGUUUCUAAGUUCUUGUCUUCUUUCUCUUUUCUUUGUUGCCGCUCUUUGCUCACCUUUCUCAGAUAUUUCCCGAAAUUGCUGA